UUUUACAAUGGCAACAAUACUUGUUUUCGCGAGAAAACCUUUGACGAGCAUCGUGAUUAUAUUUUGAUUUUUGAUUGAAAAAUUAUAAUGUGAAGCGUUUCUUAUUGUUUUUCUAAUAUAUUGAACAGUUGUGUGAAGUUAAGAUUUUAAUGUUGUGCACAAGGAAAUAUCACAAGUGGAGCUGUUAAAGAGACUGCUUGCCAUGGCGGGUCCUUCGGACGGCGAGCCUGAUGGCUGGGUGGAUUUCUGCGAGCGUCAAGCCAGAACCGCCGCUCAGGACUUCGCCAAGGCAUGCUUACAAUACUUACAAAACAACACAAAUGACCACGUCGUACGCCCACCGGUCACAAACAAAGAAUUUAUGAAGAAAUUCUGUGAAUGUUUUUCCGAGCAUUUUGAGUUUGAAAUGGUAAAACUGAAGACCCUACAUAAAGUGCCAAACGGAACACACACGGGUCACGACGAGAGUGAUUAUUCAGAGGAUAAUGAUUCGCCGAAAACGCAACACAAACCCUUUUUCAGGAGGUUAUCGUUCAAGGGUCUCAGAAGAGGGAAAGGGUUGUUCCAAAAGCAGCAUUCAGAUGAAGUGGAACUAUCAUCGAACUUGAACAAACACAACAAGACUAAAUUAGCUAAAAUUGUGGUAGAAUGUAGGAAAGAAGGUUUGGUGAAUUAUUUAACACCCGAGAGUUUGGAGCAGCCAGGGAGCCCACAGAAGUGGGAGAAAUGUAGAUUAGCGCUAGUGAAGACUGUCGGCGGGUACAUGUUGGAAUUCUACUCGCCUCCAAAGUCACAGAAACCGAGAAGUGGAGUGUUUUGUUUCUUAAUAUCAGAGGCUCGGGAAACCACCGAUUUAGAGAUGCCUGAUCAUGAAAAUACUUUUGUAUUGAAGGCUGACAACAACAUGGAAUACGUAAUAGAGGCAGAAGAUGUUGAUGAUAUGAAGUCUUGGCUGGCCACGAUCAAGUACUGCAUGCGGUCGCCUCCCACCACGCAGCCCCCGCCCGAUGCGCUCCCGGGGAUGCCAGACCCUGCACCCCCGGACCUGCCUCCGAGACGGGACCUACCUGCAAGCUCUAGUAAUCUUGAUUUAGCAACUGAUACGCCAGAGGAGGCUGAAUUAGGCUCAAUAGCUGAGGAGUCGUGCGAGUCGUCCCGCGUGUCGCUCGCCGAGUGGCCGUGGUUCCACGGCACGCUGGCGCGCUCGGCGGCCACGGCGAGCGUGCUGGCGGGCGGCGCGGCGGCGCACGGCUGCUACCUGGUGCGCCAGAGCGAGACCAGGCGAGGGGAAUACGUGCUGACUUUCAAUUUCCAAGGCCGAGCGAAACACCUCCGUAUGACGCUAAGCGAGACCGGCCAAUGUCGAGUGCAACAUCUUUGGUUUCCGAACGUUCACGACAUGUUGGAGCACUUCCGGGCUCACCCCAUACCGUUGGAGAGUGGAGGGGCGGCCGACGUCACACUCACCGAAUACGUCGUCUGCCAAGACGGGAAUAGGACGCAACUUGGUGUAACCCAUGGGAGCGACGUGCGUAUGCGCAGAGCUGAACUAGAAGCCCUAUUGGUCGCGAGUGGCGCCCAUCACGACAUACGAGCAGUGGAUAAUCAGUACAGUUUCGUCUAAUACCUACUGAAAGGUAAAGCAAAGUCGUUGAUAGUUCAGGGAAGCUGCGUCGACCAAUCACAAUGUUGCGUUCUUUCCGGAAGUAACGUGAUUGGUCGAUUAUGCACGGUGUAUUGUAUCUGUUUACUUAAAUGUCAAGAAAAGGUGUAAAUGGGUCGUUUGAAGUAGUUAGGAAUAUCAUAAAAUUGUGCAUUGGGUUAAAAAUAUAUACCAAAAUAUAGGCUUAAGUAUUUAAUAAGGAAUCAUAAUGUUUUGAAUACUAUAUCAUGUGAAAGGGUCUCGAUUAAUUUUUAACGAAAUGAAGAAAAAUACGGUAACCUCACCAUGAUGAAUAAACUUAAAGUGAAAGAGUUUUACGUGACAGAUUUUCACCACGCGAAUAAGUUUAUGAAAUGCCUUGUCCCGAUGCUUUUUUAGCGCACUGCAGUAAAUAUAUAAGAAAUAAGUGUUCAAAUAUAUAACAAACAAUAAUUAAAAAGUGAUAUUAACCUCCAAAAUAUCUUUCCUACUUUGUCUAUAUACUGUUCCAUCGAAUGACCGUGUUCAUUCAUCUGUAAUUUGUGUUUAAAUACAUAAUUAUUAUAGUUAGUUUUUGAGCUACUUAAAAGAAGGUAUACCUGGAAACCAAGUGACUUGAUUCAUUCGGCCAGUGAUAUCGUAACACGAAUGCUUAUUACCCUGAUUGGUGGAAUGAAAUAGUCACCUAUCACAAACAGAUACGUCAUUUCAUCCGAGCUCUUCACCGAUGCC